AUGGCCGGUAUUGCGGACGCCGGCAUCGUGCAGCGGGUGGCCAUCCCCGGCGUGUGCCUUCUCAUCGCCUUUCUCGGCUACUUUUCACAGUACAUUCUCCACGACGAGUUCCUCGCCCCCGGCCCUCCAACCACCGCCGAGACACUCCUCUUCAACGCCUUGCUGCUCGCGCUGUGGUGCACCUACGCGCGCACCUGCACCGUCGACCCCGGCCGGUACACAUUCCCCGAACCAACGGCCCCCGAAGUCAGCAAGGGCGGGCGGUGGUGCAGCAAGUGCGCGGCGCCCAAGCCGCCGCGCGCGCACCACUGCCGGCACUGCCGGCGGUGCGUGCCCAAAAUGGACCACCACUGUCCGUGGACGGGUAACUGCGUGUCCAUGACGACGUUCCCGCACUUUGUCCGCUUCCUCGUCUACGCCAACCUCGCGCUGCUGUGCCUCGGCUACUUGCUGCUGCCGCGCUUCGCCGCGCUCUGGGCGGACCGCGACCUGCCGUCGUACCUAGGCCCGGGUGUCGGCACCCUCGUCGCGCUGGCGCUCCUCGCGCUCGUCGGUGGGCUGACGGCGCUACUGCUCUUUAUCAUGCUCGUCACCACGCUCCGCGGCUGGGUCCUGAACCAGACCAUGAUUGAGACGUGGGAGCAGGACCGCCACGAGACGCUCGCGCGGCGCGGUGGCGGCCGCGACUGGUGGGACAUUGUCGGACCCGACGGCGCACCGGUGCGCUUUGAAAAGGUCGAGUUCCCGUACGACGUCGGCUUCUUCGCCAACAUGGCGCAGGCUAUGGGCACGCCCGCCUUUGUGCUGUGGCUCUUCCCGCUCGCCGGCCACCCGCGCGUCUCACCGCCGGGACAGCGCGGCAGCGUCGGCUGGACGUGGCCGGAAAACGGCUUCAACCGUGUCGAGGGCAUGUGGCCGCCGCCCGACCCGGACAAGAUUCGCCGCGCAGCCCGGGGGGAUCUGGCGGCAACGAGGCGCGACUACGAGGGCGAGCUGCGCGCGCUCGACGCGGACCCCGAAGCACGCAAGAAGGCGUUUCAGGAGCGCCAGGAAAAGGACCUGCGACGGAGGCGUAGGGCUCUCCUCGCGGAGCUGGAGGAAGCGGACGGCGUGUCGGCCGAGGACAGCGACGGCGGCGACGACACGUAUUCGGACGACGAGGCGGAUGAGUGGGCCGACGGUGACGGCACCGGCGAGAAGCUGGCAGAUUUCGGCGUGGAUGAGGACGAGGUCGACUAUGACUAUACACUGACGCAGACGGACGAGGACGAGGACGUUCCGCUAGGUGAGCUGCUACGGCGAAGACGAGCACAAAAAGCAGAUCAUGAGGAAUAG